AUGGGUGCCGAAGACAAAUUCGAAUCGGUUCUGGCAACGCGCUAUUGCAAGAACAGCCCACUUGUUCAAAUAUUGUCGGAGAAAAACAAGGCAAGCCUAUGGCGACAAUUGUGGAUAUGGUUGGCCGAAGCUGAAAUGGAAUUGGGCCUCAAGCAGGUCACCGAGGAGGCGAUCAAUGAAAUGAUAACGAAUCGCGAUCAGUUUGAUUGGGAGUUCAUUCGUGCCGAAGAGCGCAAACUGAAGCAUGACGUCAUGGCUCAUAAUCAUGCGUUUGGGAAGCUAUGCCCCAAAGCGGCUGGAAUAAUUCAUCUCGGCGCCACUUCAUGCUUUGUGCAAGACAAUGCCGAUCUAAUCGCCUAUCGCGAUUCGAUUGAUCAUUUGUUGAAGCGUUUCGCCACGGUUUUGGAUCGUCUUGCGACGUUCGCGAUGACAAACAAAGAGGUUGUGACAGUUGGCCGUACGCAUUAUCAAACCGCUUCAUUGGUCACUGUGGGAAAGCGCGGCGCGCUUUGGGCGCAGGAAUUGCUAAUGGCGUUCCAACAAUUGGCCGAGUUUCGCGACAAGAUGCGAUUCCGAGGGAUCAAAGGCGCGACGGGAACCCAGGACUCGUUUCUAACAUUGUUCGCCAAUGACGAGGGCAAAGUUGAGAAGCUCGACGAGCUCGUCACCAAGAAGGCCAAUUUUGCUCAAAGAUUCUUGAUCACCGGACAAACUUAUUCUCGGCAACAGGACGCUCAAUUGAUUUUCUGUCUUUCUCUACUCGGAGCCGCUGCGAAAAAAGUUUGCACCGACAUUCGUGUUCUACAAGCUUUCGGUGAGCUUCUCGAGCCGUUUGAGAAGGACCAAAUCGGGUCGUCUGCAAUGCCAUACAAAAAGAAUCCGAUGAAGUGCGAACGUUGUUGCUCAUUGGCAAGAAAGCUGAUCAAUGCUCCGCAAGAGGCGCUAACCAUUUUAGCCGAUCAGGGUCUUGAGCGGACAUUGGACGAUUCGGCUGGACGGCGAAUGCUCAUUCCCGAUGCGCUUUUGACGGCUGAAGCUCUUCUAACCACUCUUCAAAACGUCUUUGAAGGGCUUGGCGUUCAAAAAGAGAACGUCGCGAAAAUUGUCGAGAGCGAGAUCGCGUUUUUGGGUCUCGAAAAGGCGAUGAUGAUGCUGACCGAAGAAGGUGUCGAUCGGCAGAAGGCGCACGCUGUUAUUCGCGAAACCGCUCUCGCAGCGAAAGAGAAACAAGCUACCGAAAAAGUUGACAUUCGAAUGACGAUGGCGGAUCCGUUUUUCGAUGUGGUUCGCGAUCGUGUUGUCGCUCUUGUCGAAAAUCCGAUUCAUUUCACCGGAAGAUGCGUUUCUCAAACCGAAACUUUCAUCAAUUCCGAAUUGAAGCCGGCAAUUUCGAAAUAUCUUGAUGAAUCCGCCGCCAAAAUUCAACUCGAUGUCUAA